GCAGUUGGGGUUCUGCCUGUCUUCUCUCCUCCUCCUCCUCCUCCUCCUCUUCCUCUUCCCUGUUCAUCUUUGAUCUCCCAUUUGUUCGGUUUCUCUCUUGUAUCUGCUGUUGUUAUAGUCUUGGAAGAAGCAGGGGAAGAGAGAGAGAAAAAGAGAGAGAGAGGAAUUCUUUCUUUCUUUUUACCUGAAAUCUUGAGCUCCGCUUUGUUACGUGGAAGCAAGAGAGGGAGAUCUAAAGCGAAGCGUUGUGUUCUCACGGUCUUUUCUUGUUGCUCGCUUCCUUAUCUUUUGCUCGCUAUCGAGUGUGUGGGUGGGGAAGAAAGAGAGCUCUGACACUGCGGCUCCACCGCAUUGUCUUGCUUAAUUCCCCAGCAACACUUGCAGCAGAAUACGACGUAAAAUACGCGAUUACUAUUUGUUGGAGGAAUUCGUGCUUUUACCUCAAGGAGAGAAUAAGAUUUGUCCUCUACAGGCACUUUCUGAGUGCUACUUAGCGUCCCCUGCUUCCGCUGUUUCCGGUUCGGGAGAGACAGGAGAGGAGAAGGGGAGAUGGAAAGGCUUACUUCGACGGCGCUGCUGCCGGAGUCGUUCCAGGGGACGAGGGACGACAUCACGGAGCAGAUGGGGGUGGUGUGGCAGCAGAUCAAGGCGCCGGUGAUCGUCCCCCUGCUGCGGCUGGCCGUGUUCGUCUGCCUGGUGAUGUCGGUCAUGCUGGUGGUGGAGAGGGUGUACAUGGCCGCCGUCAUCGCCCUCGUCAAGUUCCUCGGCCGGCGGCCCGAGAAGCGGUACAAGUGGGAGCCCAUUCGCGACGACCUGGAGCUCGGCAGCGCCGCCUACCCCAUGGUCCUCGUCCAGAUCCCCAUGUACAACGAGAAAGAGGUGUACCAUCUCUCGGUGGGAGCUGCAUGCGGCCUCUCGUGGCCGGCGGACCGGAUCAUCAUCCAAGUGCUCGACGAUUCCACCGACCCAGGGACGAAGGAUCUGGUGGAGAUGGAGUGCAACAGGUGGGCGAGCAAGGGGGUGCACAUCAAGUACGAGAGGAGGGACAACCGGAGCGGGUACAAGGCGGGGGCGCUCAGGGACGGCAUGAAGCGAGGCUACGUCGAGCACUGCGACUACGUCGUCAUCUUCGACGCCGACUUCCAGCCGGAGCCCGACUUCCUCUGGCGCACCGUCCCCUUCCUCAUCCACAACCCCGACCUCGCCCUCGUCCAAGCCCGCUGGAAAUUCGUGAACUCAGAUGAAUGUUUGAUGACAAGGAUCCAAGAAAUGUCACUGGAUUACCACUUCGCAGUGGAGCAGGAAGUGGGAUCCUUCACACAUGCUUUCUUCGGAUUCAAUGGGACCGCCGGUGUCUGGCGGAUAUCUGCUCUCAAUGAGGCCGGAGGUUGGAAGGAUCGAACCACAGUAGAGGACAUGGAUUUGGCUGUCCGAGCAAGCCUCAAGGGAUGGAAGUUUGUAUUCCUCGGUGAUCUCAAGGUUAAGAAUGAGCUGCCGAGUACUCUGAAGGCUUACCGGUAUCAGCAGCACAGGUGGUCUUGUGGCCCAGCAAACCUGUUAAGGAAAAUGUUGAUGGAGAUUGCAAGCAACAAGAAAGUGAAUCUGUGGAAGAAGGUCCAUGUGAUCUACAGCUUCUUCUUCGUUCGCAAGGUUGUAGCUCACAUCGUGACCUUUGUGUUCUACUGCAUCGUCAUCCCUGCCACUGUGCUUGUUCCUGAGGUGGAAAUACCCAAGUGGGGUGCCGUCUACAUCCCCUCCGUCAUCACCCUCCUCAAUGCUGUUGGAACCCCAAGGUCUCUUCACCUGCUUGUGUUUUGGAUCCUGUUCGAGAACGUCAUGUCAUUGCACAGGACAAAGGCCACCUUCAUUGGCUUGUUGGAAGGAGGAAGAGCAAAUGAAUGGGUCGUCACCGAGAAGCUUGGCGACACCAUGAAGGUCAAAAUGGCCACCAAGGCAGUCAAGAAGCCACCACGAACCAGAAUCGGUGAUAGGUUACAUCUGCUGGAGCUCGGCACAGGAGCUUUCCUCUUCUUCUGUGGAUGUUACGAUGUGGCCUUCGGGAAGAACCAUUACUUCAUCUACCUCUUCCUCCAAGCCAUUGCUUUCUUCGUAGUUGGUUUCGGCCAUGUCGGCACAUUCGUCCCCAGUUGAUGAGGUGCCUCCACUAAUUGCCAAAGGCUUCGCAUGACUUCAUCUUCUACCUCGGUCUAAGUCAAGGCAGUGCAGCAACUGCCCGUAGACUUCUAGUGUUCAUAUGCAGGGAUCUAAUAGAUACAAGGAAAUGAAAAAGGAGACAAGCAAGUAGGACAGCAGCUGCAGUUGUGGUAGAGAGAAGACUGGUUUAGUCUCAAGAAGAUUGAUUGUGUGCAUUUCAGAGGAAAAUAAAAGAAGAUAAAAUAGAGUGGUGAUGGUUGAAUUCUUCCAUAUAUAAUGCAAGUUUCUGGUUGAAAAGGAAAUGAAUAAGCCAAAAAGAUGGAUGGAGUAUCAAACACUCUCAGUUUCAUAUUUCAUUCAGCUUCUUGUAAUAAGCAGAUGCUCAAAUCACUCAGUUUCUUUUAGGGUUUGAUUUCUGUAUUGUUUUAUUUGGAUAAAUUGCAAUCACAAGUGUUUGUUUGCUUGCUGUGUUUGAUCUC